AUGGUCGCACUCAUCCCCCCUCCUGAGCCCCGCACUUUGCUGCCACCUCUACUCGCCUGUCUUCCUACGGCUUUCGUAUCGCCUCAACCCCCUCCGGCUCUGCUGCCCCUCCUGUCUCCCAUUCUACGUCAACGGGUUAAGAUCCUAAGCUCAGUAUCUGCCUCGCCUACCGAAUCAUGGCUUCGACUGCUGUGCUGGGAUGCUGGACAGGCUGAGCGCCUUCAAACAUUGGUGGAUGGCGCAACCUUCGAGCCGCACCCGGUGUCGGGUGAGAUUGAGCUUCCCGAUGAGCUCCCGGUCAGGUACAUGCGUGUGGACGAGGAGACCCUACGGUCGCGCGUGAUCCUUCCCGAAUUCAGCCUGAAGAUCAUCUACCUCUGGUGCCCCGAGGAUCAGGAAGGCGGAGGCCCCGCGUGGCGGGUAGCAGAACUGUUGCCGCAAGAGGGCAACGUCGACGAUGCUGAAGACUGGUCUGUUUCCAUCGGGGAGGCAAACGCUCGCCAGAAAGACCGCCUGCUCGAGGAUGCCCUGAAAGCUGGCGAGGCUGCUGAGCAGGCAAAGAACCAGAAAGAGGAGGAAGAUGAUGACGAUGACUACUGGGCUCAAUACGAUGCAACCCCCGGACGAACUCCAGCAAACAAGACGCCCGCUCCUAAUGCCGUCUCAUCCCUGCAGCAGUCAGAAGCGGAUUACUUUUCUCGCUACGGCGAUGUGCAGCCCGCGUUGGACAACCAUGAUCCUGAGGAGGAACAACCCGAGGUUGGACCAUCCUCCCUCAAUGGCGAUAUGCUGGCCAAACUGCUUCAGCGCCAAUUCAGUGGAGAUGAAGCUGACAAGCCGACCCAUACCUCAAACGGUGUCGCUGCCAAUGGAGAACAUGCUGGCUUGAACCACCCCCGACCCUCUUCCAUCUCGUCUGCGAGCUCCGAAGCCGUGGCCAGGCUCGAACAAGAGGCGGAGAACCAGUCGGCGUAUGAAGUGGGUGUCAAACAGCACAUUGGCUCGAGCAUCAAGGGUCUGUUCCGACUGGCCAAAGCUACAGGCAUCUCGCGCAGCGACUUCCAGUCACUUGUCAAGACGGAACUUGAAUUACUGAACGUGUCGGACGACGACUGA